AUGGAUUAUCGCCUGUGUGGAAGGUUUAAUACUUUAAGGGGAUUUUAUCCCGAUGAAUUAGGAAAAUCUACAACGCUCAAGUUUCAUGAUAAUGGUAGAAUUAGGGACUAUUGCCCUAAUGAUGGCUCGGAAAAAAAUGAAUGUAAGACAGAUCUCGAUAAAAUUAAGGCUUUAUUUUUAUGGUUAUUUAAACAAAAUAUUAUUAGUAGGAUUUGUAGUUUAAGUACAGAUCAGCCUAAAGUAUUUAUUAUAUACAUUAUAAUAUGGUUAAAAUUUAAAUUAAAUCAAAUUUCCCAUCACAAUAUCACCGAAAUUAAGGACUAUUAUAAUAAUUAUAUAGAAAAUAGUAAGGAUUAUACUAAUUGUAAUGAACAUGAUAAUGAUUGUUGUAGUACAUUAAAAGAUCAACUAGGACAUGAUACUUUUAAGGAUUUCAUAAAAGAAAACGAAUAUUUCAUGGAUAUGGAUAUGGGUAUGGACAAUAUUUCUAAUUUUUAUUAUGCAUUUAAAUCAUUAUGUAACAUGCAUACUGAAUGUAAUUCACAAAAUCCAGAUCUUGUAAACUUUUCGAAAUAUGUUAAGGAAUUUGGUGAAAAAUAUGAAAAACUUAAUAACGAUUCUAAUAAUACUGAUGGAAGUUCACAUAGACAAAUAUUGUCUAUUUUAUCAAAUGAUUAUGACAGUUUUAAAACGAAAUAUAAGGAUGCUCAAUGUUGCAAAUCUUCAUCCCUUCCAACGAUAGGAAACAAAAAAAUUAUUGUAAAAGGUUCUGGAGAAACUCUUGUACACAAUUCUGAAGAAACUCAUGCACAAAAUUCUGAAGCUAUACCACAAAGUCCGUCGAUAGGAAACAAAUUAUUUAUAGUUUUAUCGAUAUUUGCUGCAAUACCAAUUUUUUUGGGAAUUGCUUAUAAGUAUUCGUUAUUUGGAUUUCGGAAACGAACCAAAAAACAACAUUUAAGAGAAAAGCUAAAAAAAUAA